UGAAUGCUAUAGCCCGGAUGCGGAUCAGUGGAAUAAACUGUCGGCUGUUCUUCCUUCGCCCAUGGUCUGGUGCGGCACUGCGUGUCUAGAUGAAAAUAUCUUUAUUGUAGGUGGCAGUAAGAAACUAUCUGAACUGGGUGAAUACCAGGAUGUAAAUCUGGUCCAGUGUUUUGUCACCAAGGAGAGUUCUUGGUACACCGUUGCUAAGCUACCAGUUGGAUAUUCUGGGGCUGAAUGCUGUAGUCUAAAGUUACCCCAAAAUAGACCAAUAAGACAAGAGUUCUCUCCAAUUGAAGAAGAUGGUUUUGCACCACCUAAUCUGAAGUUGGACGCCAUACACGAAUCGGCAGAACCGCCUCCUGAUUACUUUGCCGCUAACAAUGGCAGUUCCACCGUCAUCGUCAAGUAUUUCUACCAACUAUUGAGUGGUUUGAAUGAGCUUAGAAUCUCUGGUAGUUUAGCUGACGUGGUGCUUGUAGCUGAAGACAAGAAGUUCUACAGCCACAAAGCGGUUCUUGCAUCAUGUAGCGACUAUUUCCGUGCAAUGUUCACUGGAGGAAUGAAGGAGAGUACCACUAAACAACCAGAAAUUCAACUGCAUGGUGUGUCUGCGGGGGGUCUCGCAACUGUUCUGAGCUUCCUAUAUACAACCGAGUUGAACCUCUCUCACAGUAACUUUGAGAGUGUGCUCACUGCAGCCAGUCAUUUCCAGAUGGAGACCGCCUUAGAUUUCUGCGUUAAUUAUCUUCAAUCGGAACUUGGUGUCGAGAACUUUCUGGAUUUAUCCAAUGCUGCAACGAUGUAUAGUUUGUUAGAUCGGUUUGUUGACGAUGAGAGAACCAUGGAUAAGUUCAUGUUGACGGCGACCAAAGACAUCGACCAGAUCAUGGAGUUAUCUGUGUACCAGAUGAAUACCUUCCUAAAAAGCGACAAACUCAGCCUUUAUCCACCUCUGCAAGUUUUUAGUGUCUUCCUCAAGUGGGUUCAGUACGAUCCGGAAAAUCGACAACAAGGUGCAAGCUUAUUGGUGAAACACAUCAACUUCUGUCGUAUGUCCCCAGAAGACGUGAUUGACCAUGUGCAGAGUGUUGAUUUCAUGGUUGAUGGGGUAAAUUGCCGUACUCAUUUACUGGAAGCAAUGAAGUUCCACGCACUGCCGUACCACAUAAUUGAUGAUGAUUGUCUGCCGUGCGACGAAGAGGUUCUUCUGGCUACAAGCGGGGUUGCUGGCAAUCCUUAUUCAUGCAGCCAGAUGUAUUACUUUGAUGGGGAGCUUUCAGAUUGGCAGGUUCUCACCGAUAUGCCAAUGGAACACAUUGCUUACAGUGUCACAGCGUUGGACAACUUUCUUUACAUUGCUGGAGGUGAAGAUCAUGACUGUUACGAAACUGACCCCAUGGGCUGUGAAUACACAAGUGAUGCCGUUUAUCGAUAUGAUCCUAGAUUUAAUAGGGAUAUCUGUAUGCAAUGGGUGGCCGGAAUGCAUUACUGCGAGACGGGCUGGUUUCAGUGA